AUGGUGCGCAGACCUCGCAUCGCUUUAUCUGAAAACACGCAGAUAUUGGAGUUCCGUAAAAGAGGUUUUUAAAAGUAGCUUGACAACUAAAAUUUACGAAGAGUUAUCCAUCACAUAGAGAGUUGUCUCAAAGUUAGAACCUCGAAAUGGCAUCACAUUGACAGUAGCGUAAUCUUAGAGCUGGAACCAGAAAGUUUUCACAUAUGCGAAUCAAGGAAAGGAGGAGUCCAGUGUGCUGAGUCUGGUCUCACCUGUUCCUCCACACCUACACCAGAGCAUUUUUGAUGUUGGUGUCAAACAACUAAGGGUCCAAUGGGGGCUGUAAGAAUCAACAGCAGAUACAGCAUUGUUGCAUCAGAUGAUGACAAUGUUAGAAUGUCCAGGCUCCAUAAUGGGGCAGUGACCAGUAAGCGAGGCGAGAACGACACGGGCGGCCACCUGGCGCCCCCCCAUCACCACCAUAAGCCCAAACCCAGCAACGGCGUGACGCCCGUCAACACCGGCCGCUCCGGAGGUCCGCGGCAACGCUUCGUCAAGAAGAACGGCCAGUGCAACGUGGUCUUCGCCAACAUGUCGGACAAGCCGCGCCGCUACCUGGCGGACAUCUUCACCACGUGCGUGGACAUCCGCUGGCGGAGCCUGCUGCUCGUCUUCACGGUCACCUCGCUGCUCUCCUGGCUGGUCUUCGGCCUGGUCUUCUGGGCCGUGGCGCUGGCUCACGGCGACGCCAACCCGCCGCGCGAGCUCCUCCGCCUGGGCCGCUGGCAGCCGUGCAUCCUGCACGUGCACGGCUUCGUCGGCGCCUUCCUCUUCUCCGUGGAGACGCAGACCACCAUCGGCUACGGCUACCGCUGCGUGACGGAGGAGUGCCCGGCGGCCGUGGUGACGGUGGUGGCGCAGUGCAUCUUCGGCUGCGUGCUGGACACGCUCAUGGUGGGCACCAUCAUGGCCAAGAGUGCGCCCAAGAAGCGGGCGCAGACGCUGCUCUUCUCGCGCCACGCGGUGGUGGCGCGGCGCGACGGCAAGCUCUGCCUCAUGUGGCGCCUGGGCAACAUGCGCAAGAGCCACAUCGUGGAGGCGCACGUGCGCGCCCAGCUGGUGCGUCCCUACACCACGGCCGAGGGCGAGUACCUGCCGCUGCAGCAGGUGGACCUGGACGUGGGCUACGACGAGGGCCUGGACCGCCUCUUCCUGGUGGCGCCGCAGGUGGUGGUGCACGAGAUAGACGAGCGCAGCCCGCUCUACGCCAUGGGCCGUGCCGAGGUGGCGCAGGGCGACUUCGAGAUCGUGGUCAUCCUGGAGGGCAUGGUGGAGGCCACGGCCAUGACGGCGCAGGCGCGCAGCUCCUACCUGCCCACCGAGAUCCUCUGGGGUCACCGCUUCGCGCCCAUGCUCUACGAGCGCGGCGGGCGCUACCUGGUGGACUACGCCCGCUUCGAGGAGACCUACGAGGUGCCCGACAUGCCCGCAUGCAGCGCCAGGGAGCUGAGCUUGUUGGCCGGCAGCGACUCGGGGAAGUCCUCGCCGUCGUCGUGUCCGGCGUGCCCGUGCAGGAGCUCCGCAGCCCAGUCGUCCCUGGCGCUCACGUCCAGCGCGUUCUGCUACGAGAACGAGGUUGCUCUGCACAUGCAGGAGGAGGAGCGCGAGGUGCUGGACGAUAUCAAGGAAGAGACCCAAAGCCUUGUGGGCCGCGCGGAGAAGCAGAACGGGGGGCUGCUGUGUGUGCUGGACAUGGAUAACCAGGAGGAGGCCAGCAGGUUGCAGAAAGCGAUUCCACCAGUACCGGUCAUCCACAGAAGAAACUCCGCAUUGUAAUAUCACACGUUUUUUUUUGGACAGAGACCUCUGUUCCAGUUACACUUUCUAGAGUCUGCUUGGAGUGCGCUUUCUUAAUGUGAAAUGGUUUAAGGUGGCUUCCAAAACAGCAGUCGCUGAAUCGAUCACCCAAUUUCUCUUGGACUCAUCAUCUUGUCAUAAACACUUACACCUGCUAGAGAAUCAAACCGAGACCCUGAGAAGUUUUCCGCUCCAUCGAUGGCCACAGCCAAAUGAAAAUGCAUUUUAAUGUACAAACUAACGUCCCAAGGAUCACCAAAUUUGUCUGACACCUUGCAUAUCACAACCAGGUCAAAACUGAAAUACAAGGAAUAUGCUAGUUAGAACUACAUUACGUUGCCCAUUCUAUGUACUCUUGUAGCAAAACAACUGGAGGGGACAUGAACGACGACACAGAAACGCACGUCCAGCCCCCACUUACAUUCCUCUCAGUAGAAAUGGCUUUUUCUUUUCAAUUCAUAGUAUGUGGGACUUGGUCAUAUCUGAAAGCUCAUUUAUUAAAACCAUUUCAAACAG